AUGCAUUUGUCCCCUGUUAAUAUCAUCAAGGCUUGCCUAUCAAGCCCGUUCUCAAGUAGAACUAGACUGCCCGUAGAUUCCAAAGUCAACGAGGACCAUUCCUAUGUUAAGGGUGAUCCAGCAAACAGAGGCCCAUGCCCAGGAUUGAAUGCCUUAUGCAAUCAAGGUUAUUUUAUAUUCUUAAGACCCCGUGAUGGCAAGAACAUAUCUGUGGCAGAGGUAGAGCAUGCUCUAAUGACUGCUUUGCAUAUGUCUAAAGCUGCAGCAAAAUCAUUGACCAGCAGCCUACCGCCAUUGUUGCGCAAGGACGGCAAAUUUGACCUGGUCGACACCAGGCGUCAUGAUAUCAUCGAACAUGACGCAUCCUUUACGCGCUUGGAUUUCCGUCAAGGUGAUAAUUAUACUUUCCAACCUCAUAUGCUUGAGGCCAUGAUCCAAGAUGCGGAAGGUGGCGAUGUGACAUUACGAACGUUGGCAAAGACAUUCAUUCGCAGGCACCAGGAAUCGAGAGCAGCUGGUGCCCCCUGA